AUGCGACCUAACAAGGUUGAGCGAAAGAGGGAGCUGGAGUUUGCUGUGGCUCUCCGUCAAAAGGAGUUGGAGGAGCUGCGACAUCGUAGGACUCAGCUGGAGCAGGGGCUGUGCUUGUCGCAUGACGCGCUAGAUGCGAAUGACCUUUCCGCCAUCUUUCCUGUUCUUGAGUACUGCGGUCCCAAACCCCGUCGGGACCUGCGUACCAUUCCCAUUGCACACGUCGGAAGUGUUCUAAUGCAGUUUGAGUUGGCCUUUAAGGCUAUUUCGGAGCACAACCAGACAUUGUUGCACGAGGUGAAGGAGCUUAACCGCCGCAUCAAGGCGGAGGGGAAGAACUGUGCCAAGGUGCAAGAGAACACCAAGGAGCUCGAGGACACUACUGGGGUGAAGGCAAAGUCUCAGGAAGAAGCAAACGGGCGCAAUUCGCUCCUUUUCCAAAACAACACUGAUGUAAGUCUUCAAGAAUUGACGUCGAGAAAGGCUCUUAUUGCAAAGGAAAUCAGGACGGGGCAACUACUCAUCAAGAAGAAGGAGGAGUCGCUUCUUGAGAUGGCAAAUACGUCACGGCAACGUCAGGAACUUCGUGACGAGAUUAACGCCUUGAACAAUGAUAUUCGUGUUAUCGAUCGGGAUUUAAAGUGUGAGAAGGAAGCACUGUUGGCCCUGGUCGCUGAACACGACGACGUUGAUGCCAGAUUGUGCAAGCUCAUGGCCACACGGGAGUCUACGGCCCUUAUUGCCAAUACCAGUCAAGAGGGUAUCGCGGAAAUAAGGAGUGAGAUUUCUGGCACGGUGGCAGAGUCUCGUCAGCGGCAAGAACGUGUUAUCAAGACGCAGAACUACCGCAUUGAGCAGUUGGAACAUCGUCUGGAGUGCAUUGAAAAGGCACUACAGAACAAUCACCUUUCACGUGCUGUGGAUGCGGCAUUGUCAGGGACCUGGGCGUCUAAAGGUGAAUUGAUGACGCUUUGUAAUGAGGAAGAUAUGUACGACGCCGACAAGAUCAACCCCACGCAAGAAAGAUGUCACCCAGCCAUUUACAAUCUUUUCGUCACUGAGAAAGAUAGGCUAUCAAGGUCCAUUGGCUUGUUAGACCUGGUUGGAGAUGAAAAGGAGGCCGUCAUUGUCGCGCUUAGAUGUAAGGCCGAGGCAUUAUCCGAGGAGUGCCAAGACGCCAUUGAAGAAUUGGAUCAGGUUACGUCAGAUGCUGCAUACGAGGAGGAAGCUCAACGUCUUAAGGCUAUAGAGUAUGUGGAGGAGCAGCGCCUGCGCUACGCCGAUUUGUUCCUUGAAAAAAGCAAGCUGAAGUCACUGACGCUUUCCACGCCGCGGAAGUUGAACGGUGGCAGAAAGUAG